AUGCCAUCUCAUUCAUCCAUUGGUUUUAUCGGGUUUAGCCCAGAAAAGGCCAAAAUUACAGAGUCUGUGCAAUUACAAUACGACACAAUCAGAGUUUGCGAUGCCUCGUUGGAUAGUGCUGAGCUCAUCGGAGCUGAGCGAGUACAGCGAUCAGACUCGGUCCAUCAUGUUGUCCAACACAGCCAGAUUGUCUGGAUUGAGGAGAAGGACGCGGAAACUCUGACUGAGACGCUUUUCAGAUCCUCCUCCGGUCUUAUACACUCAUUGCCCAAAGAUGCAUCCCUAAUCCUCGAAUGCCUCGCUCUCCCAGAUUACUACCAAAAUCUAGCCACUCGUUUCACUGAAGCCGGUCGGUCUGAUAUCAAAAUUAUUGACUGCUCUGUCGUCGCAUCAAGGAGUAGAACCAAGAGCUCCAUCUGGAUCUCAGGCUCAGAAGCCGCCAUCGAAAGCGUAUCUUUCCUAUCAAAGGCUCAUGACAACGUCCAUGUCAUUUCUGGCGGCCUUGGAGCAGCGAAUAAACUGCGCUUGACAAGCCAUUUGUUGGAGGCGACGCAUGCUGUCACGGCUGCUGAGGCUACCGGUCUCGCGUCCAAAGCAGGUAUUGACGCGAAUGAGAUAUACAGCAUCAUCACCAACGCUGCAGGGAAUUCUUCGGCGUAUGAGGAGCUUGUACCUCACAUGCUGCAGGGAAAUUCACAUUUGAAGCCGUCGAUUGAGUCGCUGUUACAUAAAACUAACGUUGUCACGUCUUCAUCCAAAAGUCUCAACUUCCCAUUGCCACUGUGCUCUGCUAGUGAACAGGUUUGCCUGCUCGCCUCCGCCCAAGGAUAUGGCCUUGAACAUGUCUCCAGCCUAGUUAAACUAUUCAAAACGCAGGACCAGAAAGAUACGUCAAUUAAUGCAACUAGCAACCAUGUAAGAAAACAUUCGACAGACGUCACACCACCAAAGACACCGCCAUCCGUGGCAACGAUUGGUAUGGUUGGCUUAGGGGCAAUGGGUCAAGGGAUGGCACAGUCCCUCGUACGCGCCGGCUUCUCCGUGCAGGGCUACGACGUUUGGGCUCCCUCAGUCGAGAAGUUCGCAGCCAGUGGUCCGAGUGGGAUGUCCAACGCAGCCUCUUCACCAGCUGAUGCCGUCAAGGGUACAGCUGCGCUUAUCCUCAUGGUCCAGAAUGCUGUACAGGCAUGGGAUGUCCUGUUUGGUGCUGGUAAGGCUGCCGAGGAGUUGUCUGACGGAGCGACUGUGAUUCUCAGCUCAACUGUUCCGCCGUCUGAGGCACGCCGUAUUGGCGAUAAGUUGGAGUCUCUGGGUAGAGGUCUUAGCCUCGUGGAUGCACCUGUUAGUGGAGGUGUUGCUCGUGCAGCAAAGGGUGAUCUCACGAUGAUCUGCUCAGGAACAAACUCAGCACUCGCAUCCGUUCGCGGCACCAUUCUCGCCAUGGCCGGCAAGGAGUCCAACAUCUACAACGUCAAAGGCGGAGUCGGCGCAGCAUCUUCAGCCAAGCUCAUCAACCAACUUCUCGCCGGAGUCCACAUCGCAACAGCAGCAGAGGCACUCGUAUUCGCAUCCCGUCUUGGCCUCGACACGCGGCAAGUAUACGACAUCUUCAAUGAGUCUACCGCCUGGAGCUGGAUGUUUCAGAACCGGGCUACGCAGAUGCUCGAUGCCGAUUGGACUCCUCACUCGGCUUUGGCCAUCUUUGUCAAGGAUCUUGGUAUUGUUCUGAAUGAAGCAAAGAGGCUGGCUAGUUAUACGCCCAUGUCCGCGGUGGCUCAUACGCUAUACAUCGAUGGGGCUGCUCGUGGGUGGGCUAGAGAGUCGGAUGCGGGCGUGGUGAGACUCUGGGAGGCUGCUGGAUCAGAUGUAAGCAAGAGUGCAUCUGCAAAGGUAUCAUCUCCUACUUCGUAUGAAGACUCCGUUAAACCGUUACCUGCAAAGGCUACCCUGGCUGCCCUCCCGGCUGAGUACACCACCGAUUUGAUUGAGUCAACAAAGGCUCGCGUUGACAGUGGUGCCAUGCCUGUCCUCGUCGCUCUUGACGAUGACCCCACAGGAACUCAGACCUGCAACAACAUCGAUGUCCUAGCCGUCUGGGAUGUUAACACCCUCAAAGAGCAAUUCGCGACGGAUUGCCGUGGGUUCUUCAUACUAACGAACAGCAGAGCUCUCCCACCCACCGAAGCAAAGGAGCUCAUUGUCGAGAUCACAACAAACGUGAAAAAAGCCGCUGAGGAAAGCGGCAAGGCCUUCGAAAUAGUCUUGCGCGGCGACUCAACGCUGCGCGGUCAUUUGCCCGAGGAGCCCGAGGCAGUAGAGGAGGUGCUCGGUAAAUCCGACGGUUGGGUCUUUGCGCCCUUCUUCCGCCAGGGGGGCAGGUUCACCAUUGACGAUGUUCAUUACGUGCAAGAAGAUGAUCUGCUGGUCCCUGCGGCACAAACUUCAUUCGCAAAGGACGCCACGUUCGGAUACAAGAACUCCAACCUCAGGGAGUAUAUCCUCGAGAAAUGCGGAUCGCGAUUCACAGCAUCAUCUUUCACGUCCAUCACCUUGGAGGAUCUACGCUGCGGUGGCCCAGCUAAGGUCGAAGAGAAGCUUCUAAACGGACAGUGUGGUGCCGACCGUGUCAUUAUUGUUAACGCUGUUACAGAUUCGGAUAUGAAUGUUUUCGUCGCUGGCCUCUUGGCUGCUGAGGAAAAGGGCUACAGGUUCAUCUACCGCACUGCAGCUGCAUUCGUAUCUUCCAGGCUUGGGAUCAAAGAAAGCCAACCUAAGACUUGGGCUGAAGUCUCACUCAAGACUGAUGCUGCUGCUCCAAGGACUGGCGGUCUCAUCCUAGCUGGUUCGUACGUACCCAAAACGACAGCGCAGCUUAAAGCAUUGCGCGAGCGCAGGGGUUCUGAUCUUGAAGUCAUUGAGCUAGAUGUAGCUCAGCUAAUCCAGUCUGCGGAACAAGAGCAGAAGAUAGUAGAUCAUGCUAUCUCCGAGACUACCAGGCUCAUCAGCGCUGGCAGAGAUGUCUUGGUCAUGACUUCACGGACGUUGAUCAAAACCGACGAAGCCAUCUCCUCACUGAAGAUUGGUUCCAAGGUGGCUGCUGCACUUGCCCGUCUGCUGGUCAACAUCCAGGUGCGGCCACGAUAUAUCAUCGCCAAGGGGGGGAUUACGUCCUCAGACGCAGCCACCAAAGGUCUCAAGAUGAGGAGGGCUCUGAUCGUGGGCCAGGCUGCUCCGGGCGUGCCUCUCUGGAGAUGCGAUGAGGAGACAAGUCGACAUCGGUCUGUGCCUUUUGUUGUCUUCCCGGGUAACGUUGGUAGCGAGACAACUCUGGCCGAGAUUGUUGAACAGUGGUCACUUUAA